AUGCCAUCGUUAAAGAGGAAGCCGGAUACUGCGAACGAGUCUGACAAUAGUCUUUCAAGUUUAGAAGACGAACCGCCAGCCAAGCAGUCAAAGUCCUCUGAUAAAGUUAAAUAUGAGAAAGCCGCCAACGGCGAUAAAAUCAUCGACCUUACUGGUAAGAAAUAUGUAUGUGUGCGCUCCUUCCGUGGUCGCACCUUUGUCGACAUCCGAGAAUACUAUGAAGACAAGGCAGAUGGUGGUUUAAAGCCCGGGAAGAAGGGCGUUUCACUUAAUUGUGAUCAAUGGGAUAAUCUCAAGAGCCUUAUCAAGACCAUUGAUGAUGACAUACAUAAUUCUAUCAAGUGA